AUGUCUCCUGCAGUCAAGAACAGCACCGAACCCAAUCUGGACAUCAGCUUCCCAGACUACCUUGUCUUAUCCAAGCUGGUAUUCGAUUGGGCUGACAGCUAUGAUGCAAAAGACUGGGACCGUCUCCGCAGCAUCAUUGCCCCAACCCUGACCGUCGACUACACCAAAAUCGGCCUCAAACGCUGGGACAACAUGUCAGCCGACGAUUACAUGGCGAUGGUGACGCACCCAGGCUUCCUGGGCGAUCGUACCAUCAAGACCCAGCAUCUGCUGGGCCAGACGUGGUGGGAGAAGAUCUCCGACACUGAAGUCAUUGGCCACCACCAGCUGCGUGCGGCGCAUCAGGUCUACACCGAUAUCGACCUGGAGACCGUCAAGCUGCGCGGUCAUUCCCACGCAACGAAUGAGCAUUAUUAUCGCAAGGUGGAUGGGGUGUGGAAGUUUGCAGGCUUGAAGCCAGAUGUUCGGUGGAAUGAGUUGCGCUUUGAGGAGGUUUUCAAGGGGCUGGAUUGA